AUGGCUAUCGAAGAGCAAGGAGCUAACAUCGAGAAAAGUAUUAGCGACCUGAAGGUUACUAUUAACUUUAUCUCAGAAGAUAUCAGGGAGCUAAAAGGAAAAGUGUCUCGUACUGAAGUAAGGGUGGAUAAAGCAGAAGAGAAAAUUCAAACACUGGAAAACAAAGUGCUGGAGUUGUCUCGGUAUAAACGAAGAUGGAACCUGCGACUUCACUGGCUACCUGAAGAAGAAGGUGAAAACGUACAUAGUAAGGUUAUUGAAAUCUGUCAAAACAUGGAUCCUGACCACCGUGAUAAGUUCCCGGAGGUACUUGAUUCAGUCCACAGGAUCGGUCAACGACGUGAGUCCUCUUCUGUGCCACUGCAUCGCGCCAUAAUCCUGCAAUUUACCAUGAGACACUUUCGAGACAUCAUCUGGAAGGCGGCGAAGCGAUCUGACUACCUGAAGACAAGGAAGCUCCAUUUCAAAGAAGAUCUCUCUCCCGAGGACCGAGAGAGACGCAACCAGCUAUGGCCACAGGUGGAGAAAGCACGUAAGGAAGGGAAAAUUGCCUACUUCGUGGGAGCCCGUGCUUUCAGGUUUAACUUUGUGUCCCUACCCACUGAUGUCCUGGAGAUUGAGGUAAAGGAUAAGUUUGCCAAGAGCAGGCCAAUCAUCAAGCGUUUCCUGGGGAAGCUCUCAGUCCCCGUCCAGAGACUGCUGGAAAAACAUGCCAUUGGGGAUCGAGUAGUAAGUUAUUCCUUAGGCCGCAGGUUGCCUACAGAUCAUGUCUGUGGCCAGCUGCAGUUCCGCUUUGAGCUGACCUCCUCCAUUCACCCAGAUGAUGAGGAGGUUUCCUUAGUCAUAGAGGCGGCCUGUCCUGAGGGUGGACACGCAGUAGAUGUCAACCAUGCUGCUGAUGCUCCCGAUGAUGACACACUGAGUGUGGGCCCCGACAUGCCUGAUCUUCCCUUGGAUGCUCCUCCUGACCCUGAGACCUUACCUGAAGCAGCCUCCGCACCCAAAGAGGUACAGCCUGCUGAGAAGGAGCAGGCUGAGGCAACAUCACAGGAGGAGCAAGGAAGUGUGGAAGAGGAGACCACAGUGAGAGAAGAACCCUUGGCUCCUGAGCCUCAGGUGGAGCAGGCGGAGGGAGAAUCUGCUGAGCAGCAGCAGGAGGGAGGAGUGGAGGGGCAGCAGGAGAAAGGAGAGGUGGAGCAGGGAGAGGGGACUGCAGCACAAGCUGAGGAGGAGGUUACAGCAGAAGGAAAAGAAGCUGUGGAUGAAGCACAGUCAGAGCCACACUCUGACUGUGCCGUAGCAGAAAUGACUCACGAUGAGGCCACUGCUGUGGAGGCUCCCCCCGAGGAAAACACUGCAUCCCAGGAGGCUCCUGUAGACCCAGCUGAAGAGGCCCCACAGGAGGCUGGCGAGGGAGGGGAAAGAAGCUGUGCCCCCUGUUCCUGCCAGUCUCUCUUGUCGAACUACAACUCCAAUGCUCAUUCACGCCGUAAAACCCGCCCCUGCUCCCUCCCGGUGUCAGAGCUGGAGACGGUGAUUGCCUCGGCCUGUGGCGAGCCUGAGACGCCACGAUCCCACUACAUCCGGAUUCACCACCUCCUUCACAGCCUACCCUCAGCCCAGCACAGACCACCAAGCCAGGAGGAAGAGCAAAGCGGGGAAGGAGAGAAUACAGACAGCACUCUGGAGACAAAUGCCACAUCACCAACACUUAAAACCUCCAAAGAGCAGGAGGGGCAGGAGGAUGAUGAAGAAGAGGAUACAUCACAGUCACCCUCUCAGGUUCUGGGGUGUCCGGGCCCCUGCUGUCGGCGCUCCCUGCCCCGCAGCCUCUCCAUUGAGCGCCUCUCUGAGCUGAAUCAACUUCUGGAAGGUGAAGGGUUUGGAGGAGGCCACCCAGCAGUCAGGAGGAUCUCUCCCUCCUGUCCAGAAAGUGAGGAGGGGGAUUCCAGCAAUGGAGGAGGAAGGAGGGCUGGCGGCAGCGCCCACAGAGCUCCAGGUGAAAGCGAGUGCGAGUUUUGUGACACCUCCUGCUAUAGCACCUCGUGCUACAGCACCUCCUGUUACAGCACAUCAUGCUACAGCAACUCAGGCUAUGAGGGGAGGGGGCGCUUUUGCAGCCACACCCGCCUGUCUUCAGUGGAGAGUAACCGGCUCUCCAGCAGCACCGUGUUCUCCUCCCAAGAAGAGGAAGAUGAGGAGAGCGCCUUUGAGUCAGUACCUGAGGGCAAUCAUGGCCCUGACAGACAGGAGCAAGGCGGGGCAGAGAGGAGGACGGGGAGAUGGAAGGAGACCAGGAGCGGAGAGCAGGGGGAUCCAGCUGUGGCGGGGCCCAGUGAUCAGAACAGCAUCGGCUCAGGCUUCUCCCCUCCUGUUGGCCAUCUUCCAGUCCUGCGACCCAGCCAUGACCUAAACCAUUUUCCUGCUGCCACUGACCAAGCCUUACCUCCAAACUGGGAAGCUCGGAUUGACAGCCAUGGCAGAGUUUUCUACGUGGACCAUGUCAACCGGACCACAACCUGGCAGAGGCCGAGCCAAGCUACCAAAUGUAACCACGGCAUACCUCGCUCAGGGUCCACACAUCAGAUGGAGCAGCUCAACAGAAGGUACCAGAACAUACAGAGGACUAUGGCCACAGAAGAGAGUGGAGGGAGUCAGAGGACUGAGCGGAGCAGCAGUACUGAAACUGAUCCUGACUCCACUCAGACAGGCCCCGCCUCCCCUGUCAAUCAACAGAAGAUCAGCCAUCUCCUCCAGUCUCCUGCUGUCAAGUUCAUCACACACCCAGAAUUUUUUACUGUGUUGCACAGCAACUAUGCAGCGUACCGGAUGUUCACCAGCAGCAGCUGUGUAAAGCACAUGAUCCUGAAGGUGCGCCGUGAUGCCAGAAACUUUGAGCGCUACCAACAUAACAGGGACCUUGUGGUCUUCCUCAACAAGUUUGCAGAUAGUCAGCUGGAGCUGCCAAGGGGUUGGGAAAUCAAAACAGACCCCCAGGGCAAGUCUUUCUUUGUAGAUCACAACAGCCGAGCCACGACCUUCAUCGACCCUCGGAUACCUCUGCAGAAUGGCCGGCUGCCUGGCCACCUCGCCCACAAACAGCACCUGCAGAGACUACGCAGCUACAGCGCUGGGGAGGCCUCUGAUGUGUCCAGGAGUCGAGGGGCUUCUCUGAUGGGCAGACCAGGAAACAGCUUGGUAGCUGCUAUACGAAGUCAGCAUUAUGCUGACUCACAGCAGCUGAGUGCUCCAUCUUAUAAUGACAAGAUAGUGGCAUUUCUUCGACAGCCAAACAUAUUUGACUUGUUACAGGAGCGACAGCCCAGCCUGACUAGGAACCAUGCACUGAGGGAGAAGAUCCACUACGUCAGGACUGAAGGAAAUCAGGGAGUGGAGAAGCUGUCGUGUGAUGCUGACCUGGUCAUCCUGUUAAGUUUAUUUGAAGAGGAAAUCAUGUCUUGUGUUCCACCUCACCCCAUCCAUCACAACCUCAGCUUCUCUCCUCGCUGUUCCCCCGCCUCGUCGCCACAGAACUCUCCCGGCUUGCAGAGGGCCAGGGCUCCAGCUCCUUACCGCAGAGACUUUGAAGCCAAACUGCGAAACUUCUACAGGAAAUUAGAGGCCAAAGGAUACGCCCAGGGGCCAGGAAAGAUCAAGUUGCUCAUCAGGAGAGAACAUCUACUGGAAGGAACCUUCAACCAAGUGAUGGCAUAUUCACGCAAAGAGCUGCAGAGGAAUAAACUCUAUGUCACGUUCCUUGGGGAGGAGGGGUUAGAUUACAGCGGUCCUUCCAGAGAGUUCUUCUUCCUCUUGUCUCAGGAGCUAUUCAAUCCAUACUACGGCCUGUUUGAAUACUCAGCCAAUGACACCUACACCGUGCAGAUCAGCCCCAUGUCAGCGUUUGUUGAGAACCAUCUGGAAUGGUUCCGUUUCAGUGGUCGCAUUCUGGGCCUGGCUCUGAUCCAUCAGUAUCUGCUGGAUGCUUUCUUUACCAGACCCUUCUACAAGGCCCUGCUCAGACUGGCGACGGACCUGUCUGAUCUGGAGUAUCUGGAUGAGGAGUUUCAUCAGUCUCUACAGUGGAUGAAAGACAAUGACAUCACCGACAUCCUCGACCUAACCUUCACUGUCAACGAGGAGGUGUUUGGCCAGGUAACGGAGCGUGAGCUAAAGUCCGGUGGCGCCAACCUCCAAGUAACCGAGAAGAACAAGAAGGAUUAUAUAGAGCGAAUGGCCAAGUGGAGGGUGGAGAGAGGAGUGGUGCAACAGACGGAGGCGCUGGUCAGAGGCUUCUACGAGGUGGUGGACUCCAGGCUCGUGUCGGUAUUCGAUGCGCGGGAGCUGGAGCUGGUCAUUGCUGGGACGGUGGAGAUUGACCUCGGUGACUGGAGAAACAACACCGAGUAUAGAGGAGGUUACCAUGACGGCCACAUAGUGAUGCGCUGGUUUUGGGCUGCAGUGGAGCGCUUCAACAAUGAGCAACGCCUCCGUCUGCUGCAGUUCGUCACAGGGACAUCCAGCGUUCCCUACGAAGGCUUUGCUGCCUUGCGAGGUUCGAAUGGCCUCCGGCGCUUCUGCAUUGAGAAGUGGGGCAAAGUGACAUCGCUACCCAGGGCUCACACCUGCUUUAACCGCCUCGACCUGCCUCCCUACCCUUCAUACACCAUGCUGUAUGAGAAACUGCUCAUCGCUGUGGAAGAAACCAGCACAUUUGGUCUGGAGUGAGACGGACAAAUCAAACACUGCACGCCUCUGUGUCCAACACUGGCUGCGCCAAAAUGUGAAAGGAGCGCAGCCUAACCUUAAAGAUCCCGGAAUUGUACUGGAAAUAUUUCUGAUCAUUUUGGAUAUACAGUAUGUUUGUCACUGUUAUGGUUCUGUGCGUCAGAGUCUGUCACUUAGUUAUGAGGAUCUUUACGAUUGCACGCAACACUCACGGCGUCACAGCACUUAUUUUUCUAUAAAUCAUUAGAAAAUAAGAAACAAUUACAAAGGCUUUUUUAUAAUUAAUAUUGAUUAGUUUAUGUGUACCUGAAGAAUGAGUAUGUCAAAUCGAAUCAAGACCUUUUGUUGCAUGUACCACAAUUCCUCCGACAAUGAAAAUGCUUUGGCUAAUAGAAGCAAAAGCAAAGUAUUUAUACUCAGUACAGUAACAAGUGAAAAGUAAUGUACACAAAUAAGAACAAUAUUAGUAAGACAAUAACACUGAAAACAGUAAUUUUCCAUAUGACAACAACAGCAAUGUGCUUGGGGACAUGCUGGAAUUUAUCUUUAAUAGACAGAAAAUAUUAAAAUAAUUUAAUAACCAUCAAAACCUAGUUUAGAAAGAAAAUCGGAAAGAGAAAUGAAAGUAAUGGGUUAAAACCAUUAAUAGAAUUAAAUACUAUUAGUUACUCUAAAAAAUGUUACAGUCAUUGCAAACUUUGAUUCAGAAAUCUUUUUUUUAAAUCAAAAGAUGUAUGCAAAGAUUGUUACACAAAUCCUCAGGUGGUUUCCUGCUGUAGACUGUAGAAUGUCUAAUGCAAGUUUAAAUUAAAAAGAAAAAAAAAACCUCAAUCAGUUUAAUACAAAGUUUAGUAGCCCUGAAGCCAAAGGAACAAUUGUCUGGGUUUUUUGUUGUUGUUUUUUUUAAAGUGGAGAUACUACAAAUACCAAUAUGUAUCUGUCUGGACUGCAGCAGCCCAAAAGGAACUUGCCUGAGGACUUAAGAACAGAACUGCAACACAAUGGAAAAUAAGAAAUUAAGGCAAAUAUAUGAAGAGCUGCAGACAAUUAAGAGAGAAAGACUGACUAUCACUGAACUCAAAAAAAUCCCAACAGGUAAAGAAAACUGCACUGAAGACAAGGUGAAUAACACAUGCUCAGAAACUCAGAAACUACUGAACAUCUGGAAAUGAAAUGAUACAUUAAUGUCAAUAAUGGGCAAGCCACAAAGCAGUGAAGUUUCUGUUUCAAGCAAUGUGACGUGUAGUCUGGUACACUGGAAAUGAGGAAAUAUACAUUAACAGCAUCCAGGUAAAGGUUGUACUCACAUAAAAAGACAGGGCCCUCUCUGCAAUUAAAGACUCCGCAGUACUAACAUGCUUCUGAUACUCAUCCUGGAAGGGUUGCAUCUGGGCCCACAGCUUCCGGUACUGUGCCUCCCUUUAAAGUGAUGACAACAACUGGACACAGAGAUUCCUCAGUCCUGUCUGACUGGACACUGAUGUUGCAUACAGCUCAGUGAUGAGGCAAUGAUGUCAAGUAUUGCGAAUGCAAAAGUAGCCAUCAAUUCCAGCACAAGGGCUUCUGGGAUUCCUUUUGUGGAGACUAAGGGC